AUGUUAUUCAUUUCAAUUUUAUCACUUUAUAUUUUCUCAUUAACUCAAGCAGCAGAUAAUUGGGCUACUUAUCCACAAAUUCCAAAAACUGCAUCAAUAAAUGGUUUUGCUGAUCCCAUAAUUGAUGUUUUACCAGAUUGUGCAAAAGAUUGUGUUAAAUUUAGUACAAGUAAUACCCCUUGUCCUUAUUGGGAUACUGGUUGUUUCUGUGUUAUGCCUCAAUGGUCAGGUUUAGUUGGUCAAUGUAUUGCUCAAAAUUGUCAAGGAGAAGAUGUUCAAAGUGCAAGAUAUAUUGCUACUUCAUUAUGUUCAACUGUUGGAGCUAAUACUUGGAUGAUGCCUGCUUCAAUUUCAACAAUGUUAGAAACUGCUGCUGGAAAUGCAAGAGAAGUAACUACAUUAACAGAUAAAACUGCUAUGCAAUGGGUUAUUGGUUCAGGAAGUUCAGAUACUAAUCUUGCAAGUUCAACUGAUUCUGCUUCUUCAAAUUCAAAUUCUGGAUCUGGUUCAGCUGCUGCUACUUCAACAGAAAAUUCAUCUUCUGCUAGUAACACUGGAUCUUCUUCAACAAGUGCUACUACAAAUACUUCAUCAACUUCAAAUUUGGCAAUUUUACAAACAGGUAGUGUUGGAACAGUUAUUUUAGGAUUUUUAGUAAGUUUAUUUUUUUAA